GUGUGGAUCAAAUUGAUUUCAAACCUCUCAUGGAAAAUAAAAACAUUUAAAAUCUUCUAAAUUAAACACCACCCCUAAUUGUGAACUUGUGAUUUAAGCAAAAAAUGAAGAAAAAUGCAUUUUAAGCUACCAAAAUCACCACUUUUGCUGGUGCUGUGCCUGCAAAUCUUCUCCGCAAGUGGAUCUCGUGAUAGUCUGGGGCAACGUGCGCGGGUCGUGAGACAGUCCAACGAUAAUCUGCUCCUCGAGGCAGCAAGGGAUCAGAAUGUCACCCUGCGAUUGAUGGGCGAGUCGGCCACCGUGAACAUAAAUGGGGUGGACAUGUUGUCGCUGCUCCGGCGGCGCCAAAAGAUCAUAAUUGACCGUCAGGCGGCGGCUCGACGGGAGCCCCUUUCGACGGAGGUGGUCAAGGACCAGUUCCGGGAUGUGGAGCGCCAGAUGAGGCGGAUACAGCGCCGGGUCCUCAAUGCAGUGAACUCCACGCGAAGGAGCGGGCUUAAUCAACGCAUCCUGCGCCGACAGUUGCAGAAGGUGGAGCUCGUCACAAGAAUCCUGCGAAGCGUCACUUUGAACCUGGUUAGGAACGAGUGCGACUCUAGUCCGUGCCAGAACGGUGGAACCUGCCACGACGCCUACAAGGCGUUCCAGUGCGAGUGCCCCGCGGGUUGGCAAGGCGUCACAUGCGAGGAUGACGUGAACGAGUGCUUCACCCUGGCGGGAACAGACCUGGCCGGCUGCCUGAACAAUGGCCAGUGCAUAAACACGCCUGGAAGCUUUCGGUGCGUUUGCCGGAAUGGAUUCUCCGGCACCCACUGUCGCCUCCGCAACAAUUCCUGCAUGGCCAGCGGAUCGCGGGAGCUCUGCGGCGAUCACGGCAUUUGCAUCCAGGCGUCCAAUGCCGCCGGCUAUGUGUGCAUCUGCGAUCAGGGGUGGACGUGGGCGGAUGCCAAUGCGACCUCGGCGAGUCCGAGCGCCUGCACGCGGGAUGUAGACGAGUGUGAGCCACGCGUGAAUCCCUGCCACGACGUAUGCAUCAAUCUGCCGGGUUCCUUCCGAUGUGGGCCCUGUCCGCCGGGCUACACUGGUGACGGACGCUUCUGUCGGGACAUAGACGAGUGCGCCGGAGAAGAUAAUGGCGGAUGCAGUCUGCAGCCGCGGGUGACCUGCACCAACACGGAGGGCUCGAAUCGCUGCGGCCGCUGUCCACCCGGCUGGACCGGCGACGGCCGCACCUGCACAGCCUCCAAUUCCAACUCCUGCGACGAUGAGAGGAUCUGCCAUCCGCUGGCCAAGUGCGAGUACGUAUCCGACACGGUUGUGUGCACCUGCCCGCUGGGAAGCUAUGGCCAUGGGUACGGCGCCGACGGAUGCACCUCGGACUCCAGCCGGCUGCCCUGCGAGCAGCAUCCGUGCCAGAACAACGGCACCUGUGUGCAGAAUGGGAGGGGAACCACCUGCAUUUGCCAGCCUGGUUUUAAGGGUGCCGUGUGCAACUCGUCGGAUGCAUGCCACAAUCCCACUCCCUGCCUGAAUGGCGGAACGUGUCGUCUCUUGCCGGACAACAAGUUUCAGUGCGUCUGUCCACACGGCUUCACCGGCACCACCUGCUCCCAUCAGCGAUUCUUCUGCGGUGCUACUAUCCGCGGUCCCUCGGGCCAGCUCAAUUUUCCACCCAACACAGCCGACGGCAACUACCAGCCGGACGAGCGCUGUCCAUUCAUCAUACGCACCACUGCCAAUCUGAUCCUGAACCUGACCUUCACCCAGUUCGAUCUGCAGGAGAGUGCCGACUGCUCAGCCGACUUCCUGCAGCUGCACGACGGCGGAUCGCUGACCGCCCGCUUGAUAGGACGCUUCUGCGGCUCCCAUUUGCCGAUGACCAACGGGAGUGUGGUUUCCAGCCAGGAGCAGGUCUUCUUCUGGUUCCGAUCCGACAACCGGACGCAGGGCAAGGGCUUCCACGUCAUCUGGAACUCCCUACCAUUCUCGUGUGGCAAAGCCACUUUCCUGAAAGAGGCGGAGACUGGCGUGCUCCGAUCUCCCGGCUAUCCUGGUGACGCGCGGCCCGGACUCGACUGUCGCUGGCAACUGACAGCGCCGUUCGGCUACCGACUGCUCCUUCAUUUCUACGACAUAAAGCUGGGAAGCACCGAAAGCGCCGCCGCGAACUGCACCCAGGACUCCCUCAUUGUCUACGACUCAGAUCGCCAGCUCCUCCGGGCCUGCCAGUCCCUCCAACCUUCCCCGUUGUAUAGCUCUUCGAACAGCCUGCGUCUGGACUUCCACACGGACGCACUGCGUUCGGAUAGCUCCUUCCAGAUGCACUACGAGGUGGUGCCGGGCAGUCCGGGAUGCGGAGGAGUGUUUACGGAGUCGCGGGGCCACCUUGCAAUGAAUCAGGAAAGAUGGAGCUACAUGGACGCCAACGUUUGUCUUUAUUUGAUCGAACAGCCACGUGGUACCCAAAUAAAGCUGGAGUUUGUUCAGGUAGAUACGACGAGUUGCCUUCUUCAGAAGAUUGAGAUCUUCGACGGGAGGACAACUGAUUCGCCCCAAUUGCGACGCGUAUGCGGUACUAAGGAGGAAAGUGAUCUGCAGCCCCUGAUCUCCACGGGAAAUGUGUUGCUGGUGCGCAUUGAAUUCUUUUUAAGGAGAAAACGAUUUGAUUUGAGCUAUACAAGAGUGUGCACUGGUAGCUUUGGGGGCUACACUGGCAUCAUCAGUACUCCAAACUACCCGGGUCCCUAUCUCGAUGACAUGACCUGCACUUACAACUUGACUGGGCCUCUGAACACGGUUGCUCAAAUCCUAAUCACAGACCUUUCACUGGGCACUGCCAGCACUGAGAAUGGAACACCUUUCUUGGACGUAUACUUGUCGCGCAAUGAAAAGCGGCAUAUUGUAAAGUCAAUGGAGUCCUUAACGCUGAUGUCAGACGCCAAUAGGGCUAGCUUGGUGUUCCGCGGAUCCGGAAGUGGCCGUGGAAUGCGAUUGGAGUACAGAUUUUUGCGCCGCACUUGCGGCGGGUUUCUUCACGAACCCGGCAAACCGUUCAUUAAAGACGUUACCUCGAGAUUCUGUCAGUUUUUAAUUGACCUCCCAGGAAGGAAACAAAUAUAUAUCCAUCCAGUGAUUCUUAACAAUCUUAAAAUAGAUAUAUAUGACAAUACCACAGGUCCAGGAACUUUGCUGAAUACAUACACGUCGGACGUUAAUGAUGUUUUUGAUGGAGAUCUGUUGACGAUAAACGUAUACCAUAAUAGCAGUUUCGGUGUGAUAUUUAUUAAUUUUACUAUUGUUGAGCAAGAGGAAUGCGGAGGAACAUUUACCAGUCGCUUUGGCUACAUAAAGUCUCCGAACUGGCCGAAGGCAUACGGAGAGUUACAGAACUGUACGUGGAUUAUAAGAGCACCGUUGGGCCACCGCUUGGAAUUGGUGGUGCAGAACUUUACGCUGGAACCUGAAUAUUUCUCCGACGGCUGCAAUACGGACUGGCUGGAGAUAAGAAAUGGUGACUCCAAGUCGUCGCCGCUUAUUGGACGAUACUGCGGAGAUGAAAUGCCGAGCAGGCUCCCCUCAUUCGGAAAUGCCCUGCAUCUUAGUUUCAAGUCGGACUACAGUAUCGUGAGGAGUGGGUUCCUUCUAAGCUGGCAGCAGACUGGAGCCGGAUGUGGCGGCAAACUGAGCUCUUCCUCUGGCAGCAUACACUCGCCGCAUUUGCUGGAGGGAAAUCGCGGUGUUCUCGCCUGCGACUGGCAGAUUGUCGUCGCCGAGGGGUCCAGAGUUAGCAUGCAGCUCGAGAGCGCUGACGAGCGUCUCUGCAGCGGUCAACUAACCAUCUACGACGGCCCCACCACCGCCAGCCGUCCCAUGCCGAUGCGGUGCGACGGGAACGGCUCCCAACCCCUGCUGUCCACCGGAAACCGAGUCCUGGUCCGAUACGGUGUGAGCCAGGAGGCACCCGAAGGAACGGACUUUAUGCUGAACUACCAAACCGACUGUCGAGUGCGACUGGAGGCCUUCCAGGGCGCCAUUGAAACGCCCAAUUUCCCGGAGAACUACCCACCACUCUUAGACUGCGAAUGGGAUAUUCGCGCUGGCGGAAAGAAGAAUCGUUUGCAACUCGUCUUCUCACAUCUGUCGGUGGAGCGAUUCGGGGAAGCAUGCUUUGACACCACAAUCCUCAUCGACAUGCUGGACGACCAAACGCUCGUCGAGAAGCCCCUUUGCGGCCAUAAUAACUUGGACCCCAUCACUACGGCCGGAAACCGGGUGCUCCUACGUUUCAAAAGCGACUACUCGAACGAAUGGCAGGGCUUCCGGGCGGAGUACAAGCGUUUGGGAUGCGGAGAGCACUUCCAUGAGCAGGGCACAAAGUUUGAAUCGCCGAAGGCGCCCUUUAGCCUGGACAUGGACUGCGCUUGGGUCAUUACAGCAUCGGAGGGCCGGCAAAUCCGUCUCCUGCUUCACGAAGUCCACUUCGAGGCGCCCCAGAUGGAUUGCAGCAAUGCGGAAUCCAGCCUCUCCGUAUCAGCCCCCAGUGGAUACAACUCCUCUGUGGUUCUGUACCGCAGUUGCCACGAGGAGACGCAGACGCAAACCUUCACCUCGCCAGGCAACGAGCUGGUGGUGCACUUUGUCAGCAGCCCAUCGCCGACUAGGAAGUACUUCAAGGCCAGCUACGUCCAGGUGCCAGCCAGCUGUGGAGGACUCAUUACCGCCAGCAGCGGGGUGCUCACCUCCCCCGGCUUCCAUAAUCUCCAAGACAGCACCAAUGUCGCCAAUUACUCAACAAAUGUGGAGUGCGUAUGGACUGUGGAGGUUACGAAUGGCUAUGGUAUCAGGCUGCGGUUCGAACAGUUCAACCUCACGGAAUCGGCCAACUGCUCGCUGGCCUCCUUGGAACUCACAAAGCUGGAAGCGGGUGAGAAGGACCGAUUUACGGACACCACCUGCGGGGAAGAUUUGCCCAUAGUCCGCAUAGUUCACGGACAGAAGCUGCGUGUUCGGUUUAAGGCCCAGGCGGGAACCUGGGGUCGGUUCGCCAUGUACUUUGAGCGCCAGUGUGGUGGGCCGCUUUCCGCCGGAGAGGGCUACUUGCAGUCCCGGCUAGACGAGGACUGCAGCUGGCUGAUCUCCUCACCGGAGGGCAGCAAACUAAGCCUAAAGAUCAAUCAGCUGGAAUGUCCUAGGUGCGCCGCUGCAUCGAACAAGUGCCCGGAGGGUCUUCAGCUGCUCAACGACGACGACGAGGUUGUGCUUUACCAGAUGUGCCGCGACCACCCUGCCAACGUGAUUGUGCCCGCCAACAAUGUGCGCAUUCUGACCCGUGGAGUGAGGCUGCUGGCGCAGUACAGCACUUUCGAGAACACCUGUGGCGGCAACAUCACAUCCGCCCGUGGCAGCCUCAGUUCGCCAAAUUACCCGGACAGUUAUCCGGCCAACAUCGAGUGCGUCUGGACCAUCGGCGCGCGUCCGGGAAAUGCUCUGGAGGUCAGUUUUGAGGCCAUGGACAUCGUCCGCUCCGAGCACUGCAACGAGGACUUCCUAGAGCUCCGCUCUGGCGCCCAGGGUCCACUCCUGGGCCUCUACUGCGAUAAGAAUCUGCCGGAGGGUCCGUUGGUGGUGCGAUCAGAUCUUUGGAUCAAAUUCCGCAGCCGGCCGGCCAACACCGCCGGCGGGUUCCGUUUACGCUGGAGUUACGUACACAACAUUGAAGUCACAACCAGCACCAAUGGCACUAUCGAGCCUCCACCGCCAAUCUUUGUUCACGGCGAGGAUCAGCCAUUCUCCUGGCGCGUUUUCACCGAGCGCGAAAAGAUUUUGGUAUUGCAGUUUGAGGAAUACAUAUCUGGCCUUUUACUCUUCAAUGGCUAUGAUGAACUGGCUUUGGGUGUUGACAUAGAAGCCAGUCCAUGGACUUUCACAUCCAGCAGCAAUGUGGUAUAUUUAAAGACGGUAAACGCGGAGCUGAGUGAUUUCCGGAUCCAGUGGCACGUGCUGGAAAGCUCUUUGGUGGAGGGCAACGCCAGCCUGACCUCCAUGGAGUGCACCAAGGAAGUGACAUUGGGCAACUACGCCAACAUUGCCUUAAUUUCGCCUGGAUUCCCGUUCGGCUAUGCACCCAAUCUAAACUGCGAGUGGAUCAUUAAACCAGAGGACCCAUCCCAACACAUCUACGCGUAUUCAUUUAUAGUGGAUCUGGAGGACUUCCCCAGCUGUGCCGCCGAUUAUCUUCAGAUUCAGAGUUCAAGUGACCUCAGCCACUGGGCUGACGAGAUGCGCACUUGCAAGAAUACGUCGGGCUUGAUUGCUCCAGUUCAUGGAACGCCAAACCUGAGACUCCAGUUCCACAGUGAUGUAUCCAUGAACGGAACUGGAUUUUCGGCGAAACUUCGCAGCGUCUGCGGUUCCAACAUGACAGGAACCGUGGGCACCAUUUCGAUGGACUGGUUGAUUGAUGAUGACUGCGCCUGGCACAUCGAAGUGAGCCCAGGUCGACAAAUAGACAUUACCAUCUCCUAUAAUAACAAACCUGACAAGGACUGCCAGCCUUACGGUCUCAUCUACGAUGGGUUAGAUGAACAUGCUCCUUUGCUCGAGCAUGGCAGGUUUAGCAACCAGCCGGAGUUCAGGAAGACGAAACUGCGGACGAACAGCUCGCAUGCCUACAUAAAGUACCAUCUCGGGAAUUCCAGAAAAAGAUUGUCUUGCUCAUGGAAUCUCACCUACAGAGAGUUUAAUGAAUGCAACGGAGAGAUCCAGUUGACUCAGAAGGCACCCAACUAUGUGGUCAUGUCGCCGAGGUAUCCGUAUCUGCCGCAUCCACACUCAGAAUGCACGUGGUUGAUCAUGGCGCCGGUUGGGGAAACCAUCGCGGCCACUUUCGAUGAGCCAUUCGAGUUGAGUACCAGGCACUGCGAGCAGGAGAAUGUGGAGUUCUUCGAUGGCUCCACCAAGCUGGCCCGCCUCCUGCUCCGCACCUGCCGCAAGCCGCAGGCCACGGUGCGGUCUUCUGGCAACCUGCUCCUCGUCCACUAUCAGUCACAGCUCAGUGAGCCCAAUGGAGGCUUUCGGCUAAACCUCUCGCUGAGCGCAUGUGGAGGGCAGUUCAGCGGCUUUUCUGGGUUCAUCAGCUCGGAGAACUAUCCGAGUCCGGGUGGGUAUCCCAAACCGUCGGUGUGCGAGUACAUCAUUCGCAUGGCCAAGGACUACUUCAUCCGGUUGAACAUCACGGAUCUUCACCUGCCGUUCGAUCCGAAGGGAACGUCCUCGAAAGCUACGAGCGAUCGCCUGGAAAUCGUCGACUAUGCGGAUCCCUCUCAAGAACUAUUGGUGCUGGACGGCAGUGCAGUGGCGCCCACUCUCGUCACCCUGAACACCAAUGCGGUCAUCAUCCGCUUCGUGGCCAUCCAGAACGUAAACAACUAUCGGGGCUUCAAGCUGAAGUACCAGCGCUCCCUAGGGACGUGCUCGAGGGAUAUAAACGGAGCUGCAGGGGACAUCGUGAUCCCGCCAAUGCCACCGACAACCUGGCUGAGGUUCUGUCGCUUAACCAUCAACGUGCCAAAAGGACAGAGAGUGCGGCUGAGUCUCCUUAAUCUUGCUGAUAUCCGCGUUGUCCAUCGCACCAAGCGAUCCCUUGGGCGAUUCGCAAGUUUUGAUAGAAUGGCUCACUUUUCCUUCUACAAUGACAUCAACUCACUCUCCAAAAUAACCGAAUUCCGCGUGGAUGGGUACAACGGCAGUGGAGUCAUUGAGUCCACGGACAACGUUAUGCUCGUCGUAGUGAUGACCAAUCAGUUGGAUCUGAGUGCCACCGCAGUGAGGGCACGCUACAGCUCCAGCGAACCCUCAGACUGCCCGCCAAACAUUGGAGAUCAGGCGACGGGAUCACUGUCCAUCCAAGCCCUGCUCCAGCAGCCCAGCUACCACUGCACCAUCCAGUUUGUGGGUACUGUCAGUACUACGCUUACAUUCAAGAUCGAAGAGCUUUUAUUCCAAACGAACGGCGGGCCAGCAGUAAUGUUCCGAGAUGAAGUCCCUGGUAGUCCGGUCAAGGCGAUGUACGCCAACGUCACCAACAGCUAUGUAUCUGUGGUCACCACAGCUGGACGAGUAACACUUCUGAACAGCGAUCACGUCAAGCUGCGACGCUUCCGGGCCUCCUACCGGCGUCACAACUGCGGCGCCCGACUGCAGGCAGCUGAGGGAGUCACCAUUGAGUCCCCGGAUCUGCUGACUGCUCUCAACGAAGCCUACGGGGAACUGGAGUGCCUCUGGACGUUGAGCAACAGCAACGGCUAUGUGCUGGAGGGCAAUGUGACCCUAAGCGACCGCUGCGACCGGGAGUAUCUGGUGGUCUUCAGCGGCCAGUCGGAGGUGGGACGCCUUUGUAGGGGGAUGACGAUGAACCGCACCCUUCUGGAGCGGCCCUUCUCCAGGAUUCUCUACCACUCGGAGGGCCCACUCCUUGGACGCAGUCAGUUUACCUUGCAAGCCACGAGAUCCGUAUCCGACGGCAAUGUGAUUCGCGUCGACCAACGACCAUCUCCCCCGGUGACGAUGGAAGGCAAGGAUUACUUAAAGCAAAGGGAGCGCAUUUGGGAGUUUGUCACCAGCGCUGGGCUAUCCCUGAAGCUACACUUCCUGAGUAGAAUAUUCAUUGUGAGCUCGCCCAACUGCUCUGAUGAUAGGUUGACGGUGGAGCGUUAUGACCAACGAAUUGCAUCGUUUGUAGAAGUCGCCAGCCUCUGCGGCAGGCCAGAGCCCAACGAUAUUCUGGUGCAAUCCUCCCGGAUGCGGGUUAUAUUCCGAACGAAUUCCAAUACCUCGGGCGACGGCUUCAGCUUCCAAGUCUCCCCCAGCUGCGAUGCAGUUCUCCAGGCCAGCCUAGAGCUCCAAGCCCUGCGCAGUCCCGAUUGGGCGGCCGCCCGCGGACUGCAGUUCAACUGCAGCUACGUAUUCUUCACGGACGAGCAGCACCAACUGUUGGUCAGAGUCAAGAGCGGGCGGUCCUGGGAGCCGUAUGUGUGCAGCAGAUCCUAUUUCGAUACUUAUCGUCUCGGCGACGGGAAGGUGGAGAAGAGCGUUGGCAAGCUGUGUCCCAACUUUGAGGUGAAUGGCUACGGAAGACUGCGCCUGAACUACAUUUCGCCAGUGUCGCGUAUGUUCCAGCUGCAGUACCAUCUCAUCGGAUGCGGUGGCAACCACAGUGAACCCUUCACUCUGCGUCCGCCGCGAGAUGAGGAGUCCAGUGGAUAUGCCCACAACCAGAAAUGCGAGUGGAGGGUUACCGCGCCGCCACAGCACGCUAUUGUGAUAUCGUUCAACUACUUGGACAUGGAGGAGAGCGUAAACUGUCGGUUCGACAGUCUGACCAUUUACCGCGGCAAGGUGGCCAGCGCGGAGCAGAGAACCGAGCACCUGUGCGGCAACAUGACGAAGCCCCGGAGCAUCAUGGUGAACAGCAACGAGGCUCUGAUUGUCCUUUCCACGGACAGCUCCAACAGUCACCGCGGCUUCCUGGCCAGAGUGCUCUUCUCCCAGAACUGCAACGAGCGUGUGAACCUUGACAUGGAACUGCCCCGCACAAGCAUCAUAAGGCAGUACUCCUUCAAUGCUACCGAGCACCUACUAUGCCACUUCCAGGCCAGUGUCCCGCCGGAUUUCCGCGUCUCGCUAGAGGUUCGAAAGCUCCAGCUGAACGACGCCACCUGCCGCGGCUGCAGCUACUUAGAGGUCCUCGAUGGAGAUGGUGUGGAGAACCAGAGUCUCGGAAAGUUUUACGGGGGCUCCAGCUCAAAGCCCAAAAAGGUGUACAGUUCCUACUCGGAGUUGAGUUUCCGCCUGAGCGCCGAUACCGUGCGGCUUCGACAGAACAUCAGCUUCGAGCUGAUCCUCCAGAUGGAGCGCACCGCAUGUGGUCAAACGGAGUACGACAUGCAGUUGAAUGAGACCAUUACGCUGGGUUUGCACAAUGAUAAUAGCUCGAGCACCAACGAGGGAACUAUUCACUGCACCUGGACAAUCAAGGGGGAGGGAGAUGUGGAGCUAGACUUCCGGAAGAUUCGGCUUAAGGAAGUAUCUCAGCGAACGGGAAAAUGUGAAGACUACUUAAAGCUGGCUAAGCCAUAUGCACUCUCCAGAUCUUUUUGCGGACAAGUGGAAAGCUUUAAGAUGAUCGAGGAAGUCGAUGAGUCCAACCUACAACUUACUUUCCACAGCGAAUUCCUCGAAGAGUCACAAGGGUUUGAAGUUAUCAUACGGAGGAAACCAAACUGCAAUCGAAAUUACACGGAACUGAGUCAGGUCAUCAAUACCCGCUCUCUGGGCAACUGCACCGAGUACAUCCAAGUGCCGAAUGGGUACAGCAUAACGCUAUACGUAAUGUAUGUAAUGUUCGACACACUCUUAAACGAUGCCUUUAAUUUAUUCGAAGUCACGGAUCUUAGGUCGAACCAGACUGUUUUGAAUACCACGGAGCAUUAUUGGGAAACCAAAACAUUGCUUACCACUUCCAACGAGCUGCGCCUCCGCAGCCGUGGGGUGUCCUCCCUCAAGAUAUUCUACUUUUCCACCAGCAAUGAGUUCCCCAGCGGCUGUGGUGGUAAACUAGCUGUGGGUGGCUCCAUGGGAAGUUACCUGGAGAACCCCUCCUACGAAGGCCACAAGAGCCUAGUGUGCACUUGGAAUAUUUCGGUACCUCCCGGCGGAAGCCUACGGUUUAGUUUCUCAGAGUUCAACAUGGGUUCGGAAACCAACUGCGAUCUGGAUAAUUUGAAAUUUUAUGACAACAGCAUCGACGGGCGUACACUCGUGAGAAGCAUUUGUGGGUCAACGCCUCCAGAGGAUCUUACCAUAGCCAAAAAUAACAUUAUUAUAAUUGCCAAAAAAUCGCCAAAUUUCGAUGGAUUGGGGUUCAAGAUGGACAUAACGGAGACAAAUUAAACACUUUCAGAUUUCUUCCAACAGAAGUGCUGAGAUAUAAGCAAAAAUAAAGGCCUUCCUAGGCUCGAGAUGUCAUGCUAUGUAUAUUACUUGGCCUACAAUA